UGCUUCAAGUUUCUUUUUAACACUUUUCUGUAAGACAAUUAAAAUGUCUGCAUCGGUUGAGCAGGAGGACUUAGAUAAAUGCUUCACCGUGUUUGACGGCUCUUCUCCAGAGGAUGUGUCCCAUGCCCGGCAGCUGUGGAGCUCGCUGUCCCUCCUGCCGCCGCUGGAGUCCCGGCUGGUGUCCGCAGACAUCCGCCAGAGGCUGCCGGUGUACCGGCCGCAGCGCAGCAGCAGCGCCGGUCCCAAGCCCUCCGCCCCGGCCCCACAGCCGCCCAGCGUGUCUGCUCUCCGUCAGAGACGGGAGGAGAGGCAGCGGUAUGCCGCCAUGGCCGACCAGAGGCGGGAGAUACUCACUCUGCUGAGCCGGCAGAGGGAUCAGAGGAUCCAGAAGGAGCUGCUCUCGGUGGGCUUCAAACCGAAGCUGAAGCUCGGCAGGGAGAACAUGUUGAAUCUGCAAAAACCUCCAGACUCUGUCACUGACGAGGAGCUGGUGAAGCAACUGCAGUAAAAAUACUUUUUAGACUUAUUAAAAUACUCUUUAUUGGCUCAUAUAUUUUAAGUUAAUCAAGUUAUACCUGUAUGUAACUUUAUAGUCUGGUGUUAAGGCAUAUUUCAAAAUGCAAGUUGUCCUAGAUAUUAAUGGUGAAAGAAGUGUCUAGAUCAGGGGUGUCCAAA